AUGAAUAAAUCAAUUUUUAUUUUAGUGUUAGUUUUAUUAGGAUUAAUAAACUCAAUUGAUGCCAAAAGAGGCUUCAAUGCACACAGAGAUCUCAGAAGACCAUUACGUACCCAAAAAAUCGACAGUGGUUUAGAUUUAUCUGCAAUCAACUAUCAAUGGUUCACCCAAAAUGUUGAUCAUUUCAACAUUGUUAACACUGAUACUUUUCAACAAAGAUAUUUAAUUAAUGACCAAUAUUAUGAUGGCACUGGUCCAGUUUUCAUUAUGAUUAAUGGUGAAGGUCCAAUGGGUCUUGAUACUGUUACUGGUUUACAAUUUGUUGUUUGGGCUAAACAACUCAAUGCCUUAAUUGUUAGUUUAGAACACAGAUAUUAUGGUGCUAGUUUUGUAACAUCAGAUUUAUCAUUAGAUAAUUUACAAUUUUUAAAUAGUCAACAAGCUUUAGCUGAUAAUGCAGUCUUCAGAGAAUUUAUUGCUCAAAAAUAUAAUAUUCCAUCAACUACCAAAUGGGUCUCAUUCGGUGGCUCAUAUUCAGGUGCUUUAACCUCAUGGUUUAGAAUUAAAUAUCCACAUUUAGUUGAUAUCACAAUCGCUUCAAGUGGUCCAGUUAACCCAGAAGUUAACUUUUAUCAAUAUUUACAAGUCGUUCAAAAUUCAUUACAACAAACUAACGGUGGUGCUGAAUGUGUUCAAAACAUUGCUAUUGCCACUGAUAAAGUCCAAUCACUUCUUCAACAAGACAACUAUGGUGGUGUCGAAACAUUAUUCGACUUAUGUUCACAAUUAGAAAACGCUAAUGAUGUUGCCAACUUUAUGAACUCAUUAGCUGGUAAUUUCAUGGGUGUUGUUCAAUACAACAAUGAAGAACCAGGUCAAGUUAACACUCAAAACCUUUGCGAUAUCAUGACCAACAACACUCAAGAUCCAUUAACCAACUACAUCCAACUUUGGAACCAAUUUGCUGGUGGUGAAUGUGUCGAUGUUUCAUAUUCAAGUUUAGUCGCUGAAAGUCAAAAUAUUACCAACGAUGCUACUGCUAUUGGUGGUCGUAUGUGGAUGUACCAAACCUGUACCGAAUUUGGUUACUACCAAUCAUCAGAUGGUGCAUCAUCAACCCAACCAUUUGGUGAUCUCUUUGGUUUCGCUUUCCAACUUCAACAAUGUGCCGAUAUCUUUGGCGUUCCAAACAUGGCUCCAAAUACCAAUUGGACUUUAACCGAAUAUGGUGGUCUCAGUCCAGCUCCAUCAUCCAUCACCACCACUUUAUACGUAAAUGGUCUUAUUGAUCCAUGGCACGCUCUUGGUAUCACUCCAGUUAGUGUACCAUCAAUCAAAAACAGUCUUUUAAUUACCGGAACUGCUCAUUGUGCUGAUAUGAUGAUCCCAACCUCUGUCUCACCAUCAACUUUAGCUCCAGCUCAACAAACCAUUUUCAACUUUAUUAAAAACAACUUAUAA